AUGAGCUCCCCAGCGGCGGCCGUGAAGGUGAUCGGCGCAUUGGACAGCCCGUUCAGCCACCGCGCCGAGAUCGCCCUGCGCCUGAAAGGAGUCCCUUACGAGCUCAUCCCAGAAGACCUGAGAAACAAAAGCGAGCUGCUGCUGGCCAACAACCCCGUCCACAAGAAAGUUCCCGUGCUCCUCUACGGCGACCGCGCCGUCUGCGAGUCCCUCCUUAUCGUCGAACGUGCUGUUUAUGCCACAAAUGCAAGUGCACCGAAUACAAAUGCAGAACAGCACAUAUCCUAG